GAGGACAAACUUGUAGGACGCGUCUAGCGGGCCAUAACUCUCCCAACUCUCGCCAUCCUGCGCGGUGUUGAUCAGAUAUUUAUCGACCGGCUGAUUAACCGCGUGAAAGAUGGCAGUGACGGGCCUCAGAGCCAAUUACCACCGGGUGAUGGACAAGAUCGGGUUAAUGCUGCCCCCCAGGAUGAGGCCUUUCUACGAUCACCCGGCAGGUCCUCGUACUGUUUUUUUCUGGUCACCAAUCAUGAAAUGUAGUUUAGUCGUUGCAGGAUUAGCUGAUUUGACUCGACCACCGGAGAAACUUAGUCCAGCUCAAUCAGGAGUGCUCUGUGCUACAGGCUUGAUUUGGUCCAGAUACUCUCUGGUGAUUAUUCCCAAGAACUGGAGUUUGUUUGCUGUAAACUUCUUUUUGGGCUGUGCAGGUAGUACACAGCUGAUCCGUAUUGCCAAGUACCAUUAUGAUAUAAAACCCAAGGCACAGGAAUGAAAACAACGGCACCCCAUAUCAUCCAAGACAACUUGUCUCUAAUAUAUUUGUAAAUGUGCUCAGUUACAGAUACGUUAAUAACUUGCCUCUAAUGGUUUUAUAGUGGAGAUUGUUACAAAUAAUAUUUGUAAUUAUGUCCUUCAUCUCCCAAUAAAUGACCUCAUAUUAGCUGCAGUUUCUUGCUAA